CGCUUUCGUGAUGAUACCAUCGCAAGUAGCGUUGCUGGUGCCGCUUAUCAUACGCUUAUCUCAACAGUUGCGGCUGUUUCCGUACCUUAGAACCUCAACGAAAUCCCUGCUCGUUGCAACCACACCUCAGCAAGCACGCGGGUAGCUUUAACCAUCUGUGACUUAGGCUGGCACAACUUGCAUAAGUUGUUGUUAUCAUAAACUGGAGUUAUUGAGCCUAAUAGCCUCGAACCUGUUUCGUCCCUGACACCUAGUUGACCUCAGUAUCUAUUUACCAGUCUCAAUCCCGAGUCGAUAAGCAUCAGUGAUGAUAAGCUCUGAGCUACAAUGACUGCCAACAUGAAAGCAGUCUCCCUGGCUGCUGCGUGAGUUAGUCUGAGGAACGACCACCGACGAUAGUGGCUUUUUUUCUCUCCAGCAAUGGAAGGCUUCAAGGAAGUGACUUCAGCGAUUGAAGGACGUCUUUUCGUUUCCACCAAGAAGCACCACGAAGCCGAGAAGAACAAUGGAGUCUACUUUCAGUCCCGACCCGAAACACUUCCGAUGGUGGAUUCGUGGCUCUCACCCUUCGCAAGGAGCAUAGACAUCUCAGGCAAAACCAAGUCAAUCAGCACGAAAGAAGGACAUGAACUCGUCAGCGAUGGAGAACGCCCGCGCCAUCGUGUAUCAGUACGGGAUCGUGGCAGAGACCUUCCGAAAUUGAAAAGUCGUGGAGGAGAUAGCGUCAGCAUGACCAGCAAUGACGCCUUUACAGUCGCACUCGAGCUCGCUGAACCUAUCCUAUACCUGGAGGGCUUCGAUUAUCCGCACAACUCGGCACACAGGUCUGCAGUCUUGAGGGGUUUCAUGCACUUGGACGUAUCGCGUCAAGUGUCUCUAUCUGAACUUUCAGUCACAUUCCGAGGUGUAAGCCGGACGAUUUGGCCUGAAGCAUGGAGGGUGCGGCGUCUGAAGAAGACCUACGAGGAAGACAUAGUGCAUCAUUCCUGGGAUUACUUGAGGCAUGAUCCUACUGUGGAUGACCAUCGGUCGCACGCCCCGCGCAUAUUCGAAUCAGGACAAUAUACCUAUGCCUUUGAGCUGCCACUCGAGUCUUCGCUCCCCGAGACAAUCGAGUUGCCCAUGGGAAAGGUCAGCUACACCUUGACAGCCUCAGCAACCGAGGCAGGCCGCCACAGCAGUGUAUCGAGCUUCACCCAAACCAUCACACUUAUACGGAUCCCAUGCACGUGCUCACUUGAGCUGACUGAGCCUUAUGAAGUCCACGGCCUGCUUCACGGCCUGAAGUACAGCUUCGUGUUAGCUGCCAAGUCCUGUCGAGUCGGCGGCCAACUUCCUCUCAGAAUUAGGAUAUCAUCUCCAACGGAUCGGUCCUGGCAGAGCAUCAAUGUCUCAUUGGUCGAAGACGUGCAAUAUCGUACACGAGACGGGUUGGUGCAUCGGGAACAGUCUCGAUCCAAGGCCGUCCUGUACACAAAGCGUGCGAAACGAGAACCUAUACAUCAAAGAGCACUCCGACGCAUCAGUGCUGCUGGUGAGAAAAUGGCGACCACAUAUGCCGGCAGCGUUAUCAUCGAGAAAGACGAGCCUCGGAGAAGCGGGUCGGUGUCACACCUGGAACACGGCGACUUGAAUCAGAUGGAUGAAAAAGCCAUCCUCACUCUCCCUUCCUGCUCAAAGAUAGAGGCAGACACUGCGUACAAGUGUCUGUACGUCCGACAUUACCUUCUGAUUACCAUUGCUGCCGAAGUGGAAGUCAAUGAGAACAGUCGAAAGCAUUUAGAAAUACGACUACGAAUGCCAGUGCAUGUACUGACAUGUAAGCUGUGCGACGGCAACGCAAUGCUGCCGGAAUAUUCGGAGAAUCCUGCAGACUUGGCUCUUGAUGGUCCCGCAGACCUGUGUCGCUGCGUGAGUCCCACAACAACUAGUAUGAGAGAGCCCAGUCCGGGUGAGUCUCUGGACUCUGUGGUCACCUCCGGCGUAUGAGAUAGAAAAGGUAUCUGCACCUUCUACGAAGCGCCAUUCAGUCCAGUGGCAUGUGUGAUCGUGGUGGACAAAAACUGGAAAAGGACCUUGGCAUCUGCAUUUGCAGACCAUGUGCAGGCCAUGUGCAGAACGAGGCUCUGAAUCUCUUGACAGCUCUCUUCCCAGCUGCAUACAUCACUGCAAAAAUUACAUGAACCAAGAAGGAGGGCACAUAUCAAAGUCCUCGGCUUGAAGCGUACCACAAUACAUACAGCAGCAAAGGUUGAGCUGCACGUGACACGAACAUUUCAAACUUGAAAUUUAAUUUUCAGCGAGCAAACAU